AUGCCUUCUUCGCAGAGUUCUGAUCAGCCUUUGCCGGCCUUCGGUAUCCGCGACCUAAAUGGCUGUGGGAGUCCUCCAGGCAUCGUCCAGAUCCUCGCGAAAGACUAUGCCAGCACCAUCACAACCUGGCCCGAAGCCAUCCUGACCUAUGUCGAUGAUGAUGAUGGCGAGAUCAUCGUUGUCGGCUCCUCCUUUGAACUGACCCAGCGCCUCGAGGAGCCUGUGAGGCAUUCCAACCUGCCGGCCAUCCCCGCACUUCGCACCCCAGACGAGCCCGCCGAUAACAAGUUGAUGCACAUAUUUGACAUCAAGAAGUCUAGCGCCAGUCUAUCGGUAUGGAAAGACUUUGAAGCAUAUACUAGCAAGGUCAUAAGAGAGAAGACUACACCCGAGAGCUUGAGAAGCGUCAGUCCAUCGGAGUCUGCCGCAAGCCCUGCUCUCCCUGCAACCCAACAAAAGGUUCAACAGAGCGACAAGAUCGAGGGGUCUGUUGGUUCAGCGUCCAGCCUUGCAGGUGCUGCUGUCACUACACAAACUGUCGCCGACAAUACUACGGUCAGCCCCAUCAUUUCUUCAGCCACUGUAAAUAAAACCACCCCUGGUCCAUCCAACAAUGAUGGCCCUACAAACCUUGACAAGGCGUUCAUUGGCAUCUUCAGCGCCAUAGAGUCAAAACUUGGCCCUUUGGCAGACUUCCUGGAGACAACGGCAGACGGCCUGCGCAAGGUUGCUGACAAGACUGCGAGAUCAGACUCCUCUGCAGUGGAGGAUAUAUUGGGCGGCUUCAAAGACAUCCUGACCCAGGUUGGCGAGUUUGGACUCGGCGUAGCUGCGACCAUUGGGGAGGAGAUCGAGAAGAACAAGGCCAAACAGCACGAUGCUUCUGUUCAAAGCGACGAGGGAAGAGCUGCUUUGCCAACUGGUGACGAUACCGGCGCCAGUGCUCAACCUGAACAAGUGAAGCCUUCCGAGAAGGUGGAUGUGUUGGGCAAGAAAGUCUGCUUCGUCCCACCACCGCGAUCGUCAGCUACCAUUCCUGCACUCUCUAGGAUGAAUGCACCGAACCGCCAACAGAUGAAACAAAUGAUCAUGGACUGGCGCCCUAGUGGCGCACGAUAUGGUGGUUUCCUGCAAGAUGACCGAGUUCAUACGGCCCAGCAACCAGAUAAGGCGACUGUCAGACAUUCCAUCAUGGAUAUGGAGUCUGCAGAUCCCGAUUUCUCUACACGCUAUCCCCCUCUGCUCAGCUUGCGAAAGGCCAAGAGUGUGAACGGAUUGCAAAAUCCAUCCCAGGUCGCAGGCUCUUCGCAACCAAACCCGGUGACCGGCCCUGCUUCUGUGCGAUACCCCAGCUUGAAACAGUUCGAACAACAGGCUCACAACAUUGCGUUCAACAAGACCUCAGGCUCCUUGGCUGGCACGAGGCCUCGAAACGUCGCCUCCCGGGAAGAUGAGCUCCUACCCAAGAAGACAGCUUUGCACAAGAAGCCAUCGGUCGAAGAAGGUGACGGUUCAGAUGAACCUGGAGCGAGUACUGUCAAGCCUACUCCGUCGUCUUUGCGAGACACCACCCCCUCGGGGCCCCUCCCAGGGGCUUGGCCAGAAACAAAGCCUGCUGAAGACAUGUCUGCAUUGCCGACCACUAGGACCAUAAUCAACGGUGGCUCUAGACGUCCUCCUAAGCCUGACCUCUUUGCGAUGCCUCAAACCAAUCCGACAGGAUACCCUCGCCCUCAGCUACGGCCACCUCCCGAUUUCUCUCCGAGGCCGUCCAUGACUUGGACGGCCCUCGAGGAAAAGCUGAGACGAAACCACACUGUAUCUGGUAUCAAUCCUGCUGCAAGGCUCAACGGACCCUUUGACCCACUUGCUCACCAUUCACCAACUCAACCUCGUCCGCAGCAAUCGCAACCAGAUCUGAAGAAAUCCUACAGAAGCUCUGAGCACACCCUUGAUCACAAGCCAAGCUUGCCGAGCCUCUUGCCACAGCGCAGUCACACUGUCAACUACACUGAUCGCUAUGUUCCGCGCUAUGUGACCCCCUCGGUUUACUUGGACCGAGCACGGGACUAUGCCGAAUCCAGGAACAAUGCUAGAGACCAUCGCAUCGACGGCAACCAUAUGCCUGGGCCUAGCUGGGGUGUUCGGUACUUCUCACCCUUUGGUCAGCCGGCCACGACCGCUGCUUCGUCGGCUCGGACGCCGAGUGCUACCACUGGUGAGGGACAUUCCAGCUCAGAUGUAAAGGCAAAGCUGUUGUCUGCUGCACGUCCAGCAUUGGAGCCUCGGCCCUCGAUUGUGCCUCCUGUCCAACGUGCUACAACUAAGCCCGCCGAACGUGGUAUCUCAAGAUCGACUCCACCGAUCACACUUCCCAGCAGCGUAAAAGCUGUCAACGAGUGCGUCAAGGCUUUGAUAGAUAUGGGAUUUGGUGCCAACCCAGAUGAAAUGACCAGGUUGAAUGCCGUUGCUGGUGCCACUGCCGGUAAUCUGGAAGAAGCCAUCGAUAUGCUUGAAGAAGACCGUGAAGCUACAGAGCAACUGGCGUAUGCCAAUGAUUCUGCCACACAUGGGUCGGCCCAAGACGAGCGGGAGGAUAUGUACAGCUAA